CAGCAAACGUGCUUCAGGGUGUCCGGUUAGCUGUGUAUCAUCGACCACCCGAGCCGCCAGCUCACUCUCAGCAGCCCUCACCUUCCAAAUAGCACCACUGAGUUGAGUGAGGACAGCACCACUGACUCAGGAGACGACGAUGGAGGUCGAAAAGAAGCUCGACAUGUCACUGGGUACGCACGUCAGCAACCCAACCUCCACAUCAGCCGCAUCGCAUUCUCGGUGAAGUGUUCUGUCUCUCUCCCUCUGUGUGUGUGAGCAGAUGACAUCAUCAGUGGCGGUGACAGGAAGGGCGGCAGCGGUGGCGGCGGCGGGUCUUCAGGCGGGGGAGGGGGAGGGCGUCGGCUGGGGCGUGGGAUUGGCAGGGGGCGUGGCCGCAGCCGUAAUGCGGCAUCGGCUCCUCCCAGGCGAUACAACCAGUCUGUGCAGCUGCUCAAGGUGAGCCGAGCCUCGGUGCACGCGGCGCGGGAGCCGUGUCUCUGACCUGACCGUCCAUCUGUCUGCUGGAUGCAGGCUCGUGAUGCCCCGGGUCGUGCCCUCAUGGAUCGCGGGCGCCGCGGCGGUUCAGGACAAGUAAGCGACAAAAGGAAAGGAGCAACGAGGAGGGAGGGAGGGAGGGAGGGAGCGACCCACCACAGCAUUCAUCCUUCCCUGCCAUGUGCCAUGUGCUGUGUGCUGUGUGGCGUGUGUGUGUGUGUGUGUGUGCUGUGUGUGUGUGUGUGUGUGCGUGCUGUGUGUGUGUGUGUGUGUGUGUAUGUGUAGGGUCGCGGCGGCCGCGGGGUUCGAGUGACACUCAACCGCCGCGCUGAAGGUAGGUAAAACCCCCACAGCACGAUCACUGACAACGACACGAGCCAGCAAGGUUGGAGAGAGGAGAGCAAGGGAUGGAGGCAUGGAUGGCGUCAUGAGCCGAGCAAGCAUCCGGGCGGGGGACUCAUCUCAUCUGGUGGAUGGAUGGGUGGACGGUGCUCGCUUCGCUUGCUCGUCAUGAGAUUGAUGAUGCCUUCCUUGAUCACCUUCAUUACGAAGCCUACUCUGCUGAGAUGAUCAUGUUGCUCUUUCUGCUGCCUGCCUGCCUGCCUUGGGUGGUCUGCUUCCUUCCUCUUAUUAUGGUAUCCGCAGCGAUGAUGGAGGGCCCGCAGCGCCGCGCCGAGGGCACCACCGUGACCAUCGAAGGGCUCGAGUACUCUGUCAUGCAAGACGACCUAUACGUAGGCACAGCUCCCGGGAGGAAGGAGAGAGCCACACACACACACACACACACAGAUGCAGACAGAGAUGUGUGUGGUGUGGUGUGGUGUGUUGUGUUGUGUUCUUGUGUGUGUGUGCAGGAGUUGUUUCAGAGCAUCGGUCAGGUGGUCAAGGUCUGGAUCGACUACGACAGCACGGACCGAUCGGCAGUAAGCACUUACACACACAUCGACAUCACAUGGCAAAACCACUCUGUGGGGGUUGUAUGUGUGCAGGGCAGCGGCGGUGUCGUGUUCGCCAGCACGGCGGACGCCGAGCAGGCCGUCAAGCGUUACAACGGUACCUAUCCAUCCAUCCAUCCACACACAUGGAUCGACGACCACGUGCAGUGCACUCCCUCGCGCUCAUCGGCCUGUCUGUCUGUCUGUCUGUCAGGUAAGCUCCUGGACGGUAAGCAGCUGAGUUUGGAGUUGGACCCCUACGCCCAGCCCAACACCAGCUCCAGCGGCGGCUUCGGCGGCAUGAUGCCCACACGCGGGCGGUCAGUCUCAGACACACCACACCCAUCUCCUUCAUCACGUGUGGACGUGUCCGUGUGUGUGUGUGUGUGCAGGGGUCGCGGCCGCGGGCGUGCGUUGCUGCAGCCGGCCAGGGGCCGCGGCGGACCCAGCGGCUGGUGA